GUAGCUGGGUAGCUGUUACUGUUGGGCCGUAACUUUCUGAACAGUUGGCGGAUUGUUUUCGGGAGAUUGCUGAGAUGCUGUGCCGUACUCGGAUAGUAACUUGUUGGAGGAACUGCGAGCAGAGGGAGAGGACAAUCCGUUUCAUCCACGUCACGAAGUUAUGCUCAUUCGGGCGGACAAACGAAACCCUAAAAACUACAGUCCAAAAACAUCGUUUGAAGAUGAGCUGGGACGCCAAUUUACAAUCGACAACAACAGCUGCGAACAUUAAGGGGAUCUGGAAAAUUCGAGUUUCCCAACUGUAAUGCAAAACGCCAAAAAAUAUUUCAUAAACCUUCCAUCACAGAUGUAUUAGAUCGCGGCUCACCAUCCAUCCAACACCAUCGACAGUGACACUCGCUUUUCCAAACAACAAGACAAACGCGCCGCCGCCAAUGGAAUCCGAAGCGAAGGAAGGGCCACCGGAAGUGCGGGCCACCCGCUCCCGGUCGAGAACCCCGCUGAAUCUGCGCGUCAGCGUCGAACGUGACUUGAAUGGCGGGGAAGCGCCAAAACCGGAAAAGGUCCAGAAACCUCCAAACGUUACCACAAUCCAGGAAGAGUUGAACUCUUCGCAAAAGUCAACCUCCGCCUCGGGAGGUUCCCGCUCCGUCCGCAAAACCCGCACCGUUACGUCAGACUAUUCUUCUGAUGGUGUAUCGCCUGAAAGACCCGCCACCACCAAGGAAGUCUCCUCCAACCCAGCAAAGGACAAAUCCGUUACGGUUACAAAGACAACAGUAACCACUGUUACCACAUCAGCUUCCUCCUCAUCGCGGACGUCUCCCUCGAAAAAGGAAAUCCGCCAGAGUGAGAUCAGUCGAACGUUGGAAGACAGUCAAAAGGCUGUUCUCCGGACCAGCACUCCCAAAGCCACUUCCAAAGUGUCCAAGAAAAUUACACUGACUCCCGAGGAGUUGCAGAAGCAUGUUGCCUACAAAGAGUACAAAGAAGCCGGAGAGUACUGGAACAAGUUCCCCAAGACAGACUACACCUAUUCGGAGUUGUCUCCGUUCCGGCGCGAGCUUGCCCCGGGGAUGAUUGCCAUGCCGAACAUGUCCCGGCCAGGGCUGACCAAGCAUGCCGAGCGCAUAAGCGUGAUGAUUGAGCGAAAUCCCACCCAAGAGUCGUACAUUCGGCAGCGAUAUGCUGCGUCCAAGUAUUCCAGCUCAGGAGUGGCCGGAGGGAGUUUCGCCCGGGCUGACCCCUAUGAUUCCGGCGAGGAAACGCUGGAUCUAUCACAACUUUCCCGAGCAUCGCAAAGUUACCGCAGUAAGAGAUCCGCCUCGCAUGUACAGGUGGACGAACAUCGUUCGUUUGUGAGUCGCUUUUUCCUGUCCAUUGUGAACCUGUUCUACAGUGCGACGCAUUCGGUUUCGAGGGUAUUCAACCAGUCGGAACACAACUUGUAUUACACGAGGAUUGAAGAUGAGAGAGGUUUCUUCGCAAAAAUUUACUCCUUCUUCAAUAUGCUGGUCACGAGUAUCUUCAAGAAAGUGUACCUCCUGAUCUCAUCCGUGCUGUUCAUGGACACUUGGCUGCUCCAGAGCGCUUCCGGUGACGUUCCACAACGCAGGAGGAAAUUUUUGCGCUUCCUUCUGAUUUUACUGCCUUUCCUUGUAUGCGGUGCUAUCCUCCUAGCGGAUGAGGACCAAACCAUCGUUCUGCCGGCAUCGAAACGUGCCACUAUAGCUCUUGCCUCGCUCUCGCACAUGCUGCCAUCGAUGGACGGCCAAGACCUGGACAGCAUCAAAACCAGUCUCUUUCAAAAGCUAGACUUCCGGGAAACGUCCUUCUCCUGGCGGUCCCUGUUGCCAUCGUUUAGUUUGAGCUUCGGCGGCAGUGGAAAUGGAGGGUCGGACUACGAACACCUGAAAAGCGGAUUGCAAAAGACGCUGAGCAAACAGGAAUACGACGAUUUGAUGCGACAUAUCGAUGCGUACAUCGAAGGACUGUUAACGGAAAAGUAUCUGAAGAAAGAACAGGAAGAAGCGAGGGCAAAGCAGGUGAUAAGUCCGGAAGUGACAGUCCAUGUGGCCAGCGUAGUGCGGGAGAAUCUCCAGGCGUACAACUAUAGACUGAGUCAGGCCGACGUCGACGCUGUGGCCGAGAAGGUACGACUAGAGCUGCUGGCCAGCUAUCCAAAUGUGUUCAAUCCGAAGAUGGAGGAAGGAGGUAAGAAAGCCGAGGCGUUGGGAAUUUCCCAAGAGAAUCUACUAGAGAUUCAAAAGCUGGUGAAGCAGCAAAUCAGUAUUACGAAUAACAAUUUUGUAAUAAGCGAUCAACAGCUGGAGGACAUCCUGAAGAAAAUACUUUCCUCUAGUCAGCUUGUGGGCCUAAUCGACGCAAGAGUGCUGCUUCAGAUGAAAGCACCUCAACAGCAGCAGCAGGAAUCGCAAGCAGCGCUGGUUGAGAAUUUGAAGAAUGAAAUCAACGAGAUCAAGAUGCACUUCACCGAGAAGUUGGCCACCAGCAGUUUGAUGAUUGAGGACAACAUCAACCUGUUGAAGCAGGAUCAGAGUCGGUUGGCGGAGCAGGUCAACAGCUAUCGGAUAGAAAACGACGAAAAGUACGUCCAACUGAUGUCGGAUAUCGACGCUCGGUUGGCAGCGGUCAAGCAGGAGCAGUUCGCUGGGUUGAAUAAGAUCAUCAAGAAGAACAUUGUUACCAUUUUGGGUAUGAACGUGAAGGAAGAUUUCUCCGAUGCGGAUCUCAAGGCCUGGAUUAGUAACCUUUUCGUGGCCAAGGAUUACUUGGAAAGCCGGUUGAAGGAGUACCAGGAGGGUGUCAGUGCCUUAAUACAACAGGAAAUGGAACGAUCUGCUGCAACGCUGAUGAGGGACGUCAGCGAAAAGAUCCAGAAGGAAGUGCUGGUGACAAUACAGUCUCGUGAAUCCAAUGUUGAUGCCACGGCAAGAAAAACCUCAUCGCAGAGCGGUGGAGGUGGUCUCAACGAAGAUGACGUUCGAAGGAUCGUGCGGGAUGCAUUGCGCAUCUACGAUGCGGACAAAACGGGGCUGGUUGAUUAUGCCCUGGAGUCCGCUGGUGGACAAAUUCUGUCGACCAGGUGUACGGAGAACUAUCAGACGCACUCGGCGCAGAUGUCCAUUUUCGGGAUACCGCUGUGGUACCCGACCAACACGCCGCGGACGGUGAUUUCGCCGACCAUGCAGCCCGGACAGUGCUGGGCGUUCGCCGGGUUCCCGGGAUAUCUUGUCAUCCAGCUGAAUAGCGACAUCGUCGUGACCGGCUUCUCGCUGGAGCAUAUCUCUAAACUGCUUGCACCAAAUGGACAAAUUGAUUCCGCCCCGAAGAAUUUCUCCGUUUGGGGUCUCGCGACCGAAAACGAUCAGGAACCGAUCCAGCUGGGUAACUACCAGUACCUGGACAAUGGCGCCGCGCUGCAGUACUUCCCGGUGGAUGAUCCGACGCGACCGGAGCUGGUGGGACGGACGUUCCGCAUCGUGGAGCUUCGCAUCGAGACCAACCACGGCAAUGCGCGCUACACGUGCCUGUACCGGUUCCGGGUGCAUGGCGAGAGGGCUUGAAUUGUAGCGAGACGGAGGGAGUAAGUGCUCCGUUUGUUCCGUUGUAAAUACUAACUAAGGUAGGAUGGUAACGUUUUUAACUUAUUCCGAUUCUGAGGAAUUGGAAGUUGUUUUUUUAAUCGAUUUUAUUUUUUAUAAUAUAAGCUCUACUACUUAAGAUUACCGCUAGAUUAGGGGACCAUGAUACAGUGGUGCAAUAAUUUUACCAUAAAGAUUAAGAGUAGUAAGAAAAACGCCGCAGUCAGGAACCAAAUGUUUAGCUACUUAAGAACCCAUAGUUUUAGAGUGAACUGCUUUCUACCUAAUGAUCAAUGAUUUCGUCCAGUUUGACGAAAUCACGUUGAUCAUCGUCGCACCAUUUCUGUUACUAAUUUGCACCCAUAUCGCUUCAUACUAACUACUAAAGCCUAGAUCCAUCGUUUAGAUUUUGUUUAGUUUGUGCAUGAACGCGAAAAAUGUGCUCGGUUGUGGGGAAAUAUACGGUUGUGAUACAAAGGCUGUCGUUCGAAUGU